CGGCUCCUCAUCCUACUAAGCAUCGUUCAGUAGCCUAGUGCUUGAUGGACUAUACAAGACACUUCUUACUAGCGAAUGCAUUGUGGUUUCCUAUCACUACCACCUGCCCCCUUUCCAUCUUUUCGCUAAAUUUAUGCUCACUAACAUGUGCAGCCAUCAACACUUCUUGAUAAAGGAUGACAGCAACAGGGCAAUGGGUAUAGCGGGAUGUAUUAAAUCCUCGUUGAAUACAGCUGCAGCACGAAAUAGCAGAAGCAUGGAAAAUAUUUUUUUUAAGGCUGGAGUGGUUUUCGCAAUAGAUGUCUAGCCUGUUUACACCACGAGGCAUCGACUGCAACAAACAGCGGCAAAAUCUGUGUAUCAAUUUUAACUGAUGGAAGUCCUAAUCGAUGACGAGCAGACACAUUAUGUCAUCUGCAUCUUUCUAUAAAAUUAUACGCCCUCUUGGUUUUGGUGUUCUUCUGCUGUGUUGUUUUGUGACUCUACUUUUUGUGUAUUUCAAGCCAUCCACUACCUGGCUAUCAGGCCCUAUAGAGUCUGUAACAUCUGCUCUGAAGGUGAAAAACCCAUUUCUUGCCAAAAAGGAGCUAAAUCAAACAAUUGUACUAAUAUGGCUGUGGCCAUUUGGUCAAACCUAUGACCUGAGCUCCUGCAGUGCCCUGUUUAACAUCGAUGGCUGUUACCUUACAGCCGACAGAAACUUGUACAACAAGUCGAAUGGCGUCGUUAUUCACCACAGAGACAUCAGCAGGGAUUUAUCAAACCUGCCACCGCUGCAACGUCCACCCUUCCAAAAAUGGGUGUGGAUGAACUUGGAAUCGCCCUCGCACUCGCCGAAAAUGCCCGGUCUUGAAAAUCUGUUCAAUUUGACUUUGAAUUACCGCCAGGACGCUGAUAUUGAGGUGCCUUAUGGGUCAAUCGUAUUGACCGAGGGAAAGGAAGACUUUGUUUUGCCAAGUAAGACCAAAUUGGUGUGCUGGAUUGUGAGCAAUUGGAACCCUGAGCACAUUAGAGUUAAGUACUACAAUGAGCUAAACAAGCACAUUGAGGUACACACUUAUGGACAGGCCUUUGGAGAGUACCUCCUUGAUCAAGACUUAUUCCCAACCAUUGCCAGCUGUAAAUUCUAUCUGUCAUUCGAGAACUCAAUCCACAAAGACUACAUCACUGAAAAACUGUACAACCCACUGUCUGUGGGCACAGUGCCAAUUGUUCUUGGGCCAUCAAGGCAGAACUAUGAGAACUUUGUCCCAGGUGAUGCCUUUACACAUGUAGAUGAUUUUCUCUCCCCCAAAGAGCUGGCCGAGCACAUCCUGUUCUUAGACAGGAAUGAAGACAUGUAUCUCCAAUACUUCAACUGGCGCAGGUACUUUAAAGUGAAGAUGUCUUACUUUUGGGCGGAGCACACUUGUCGGGCAUGUGAUUACAUCCAAAAACAUAAAGAAUACAGGGUUUUGAAUAAUCUUGACGUGUGGUUCUGGGGAUAACAAUUUGCAGAUUGCUCUCUAUGCAUUGCGGAUUUUCCAUUUUUAGUGUUUUUGGGUUUUAAUUACCAUGUCAGUGUUUAACAGAAGAAAAUCUCUUCUGAUACAUUACCAGCAUUGGUAAUGCAGAAUUUAUUUUGAGGGAAGCAGAUGUUCUGAAAAACAAUAUGAGUGUUAAAAAAGGCUUUUUUUCACAAUGCAUUAUGAAUUUGAAAAGGGUACUUUUCCGCAAUCGGGAUUGAAUUGAAUUGCAGUGAUUAUUGGAAGGUCUAUAAGUAUGCAUUUCUGAUGCUUGAAUUGUCUGAAACAGCAUUUUAUUGAAUCGUUACUAUUCCUCACUGUUCUUUCUCUCUAUUUUCACUCUCCAGAUUCUUAGUUUCAAAAUGGCCAGGCUAUGGGCCAAAGAACAAUAACAAAAGGCAUAUAUACAGUAGGCUACAUGAACUGAACAGACAUGGUUUAUCAAUGCUCAGUAUAUCUUGACUUUUAUGAGAAUUCAAGGUACAGUGGCAGACAUUUUGAAUGUGUGGUUUUGUUGUCAAGUAUCCAAUGGUGUGUCAAAUAUCACAGAAAAAUUAUAAAUGACUGGCAUUUUAUACUUUUCUGUGUUGUAUUAUAUUGUGUCUAAUAACUGUAUACAGAACAUGUGGUUCUGUCAUUAUGUGUUUCACUGAUGUAACUGUUAUCUCACAUUUUAUGAUGUAUAUGUUUUUUGAAAAAUAAUGUAAGCGUAUGUUUAUAAAAGACCAUAAAUGAAA